UUUCAGCAGCUGAUCGCGAAAUCGAUCUCGCUUUCUUCGCGUGUCAUCGGGUCCACAGCACAACACCCGAAGCAUGACAAUGGGAGAAGAGUCUCCUGUCUCGUCGCUCGUGCUGCCCGUGCUGAUCCGUCCUAUAUUGGACAAGCUGGAAAGAAAAGACUUAGGGGCAGCCCAAACAUUAAAAGGAGCAGUCACCAAGGUUGAAAUGGAACAUCCUGGCUUUCUGUACGACCUCGUAAUGGGAUUGAUUAAAGAGACUGACGUUUCUGUAAAUGUCACAGAGUGUUUGUUGAAACUUCAAGGCUCAAUUCCAGACAAUGAAGACCUGAAGUGCUCCAGGACGGAGGAUGCUUUCCAAGAAUUCAACCGGCGUGCAUCGUACCUUAAAAAAGUUCUCAGUCGUAUCCCCGACGAAAUCAACGAUCGCAAGACAUUUUUGGACACAAUUAAGGAGAUCGCCAGUGCAAUCAAGAAGUUGUUGGAUGCUGUUAAUGAUGUUUCCACCUAUAUUCCAUCGCCAUACAGGAAGCAG